GCGACAAGCGGGAAAUAGUUCGGUUUUUGAAGUUCGGUUCGGAUCCUAACAAUGGACUUGGGCGCAUUGUCUCCCGGCCGGAAUACCAGCAUUUGUUACGAAAUACCGGUUGAUGAAGUGAAAGUACGCACGCCGCGAACUCCCCGAACUCCCAAUUUGUUGAAAUCUCCAAACCGAAGCGUUUUGUGUGAGAUAGACCUUGCAGAGCGUCUGUCAAAAGCAGAUGAAAGACGGUCGACAGCGUUAAAGGAAACCAGCACCAAAAAUGAGGAGUAUGUACGACGGGCUAUGUCCAAAUGCGAACAAGAGAGAGAGAAAACAAUGAAUCGCUCCCUGGAGCUUUUAGAAAACCUUCAGGAAGAUAUCGAAAAGAAAGCUCAGAGGAGGCAGCAAGUAUUAGAGGAGCGAGUGAACGCAGCCAAAAAACAACUUGAAAAGGUAGAACAAGUAACGGUGGCCCGUUCCUCUUCCAAAGAAGUCCUCAUGCGCCAAAUUGACGAAGACAUGUCUAACAAGGAGAACAAAAGACGAUCGAUCAUUCAAAGCAUCAAGCAACACUGUCAGCAUGAGACAGAAAAAGUGGACCGAGUCAGAUCUCGUCGUUCGAUGAACAGUAGUAACAGCAACUGAAUUACUGGGUGACCAUUUAGAGCUACUUUAAUGAACACUAACCAGUCGCUCUGCGUGACACUAUACCAUCCCUUUUCACUUGUCACAAAUUCGUACACCCGUUUCCUUGAUACAAGUGGAGCAUUUUCUCCAAUUUUCUUGUAACAAACAUGUUCUUGUUCUACUCACUGCUGCUGAUGAUUGUAAGAAAAAAGUGUUUCCAU